UGAGCCGACACGCUCAUGAUUGGCGACAGAGAGUAACUUCAAUUAUCAACAAAAACUGCAACAAUUCAAAACUACUUUUGAGAAACGUUAACGUUAUUAACUACAACAACAACAACCGAAGUAAAUUGUUUUAAGAAAUUUUUGAAAAAUAACAACAAAAAGUGUGUGACAAACUGUUUAACCUACAACGGGAAAUCCACAACUUCCGGCUUAAAAAUCAGCCAUCGAACGUAAAAAAACGCGAGUUUUACGGAAGUGUGCAAAAGAAAUCCUACCCAAAAAUCGAUAAAAAUGCUAAACAAGAAACAACCAAAACAAGGCAACCUCAAGACAAGUGAGAAAACUCCCAAAAGAAACUAAAAAAACCCCCCUACUGCGAAAAAACACCAAAAAAAUGGUUUAAAAUCCACAAAAAAAAAAUAGAAACCGGAAAAAAGAACCCCAAAUCCAUAAAAUGAAAUCCUAAAACUCCACUUCCAACAAACAAUAGAAUUUCGACGAGCCCUUAACUUUUUUAACCACAAUACCAGCCAUACAACAACAGCAGACCGCCAUAACUACCAUAAUUUUCAAAUGUUUUUAUUUUGAAAACCCCUGGAAAAAAAAAACUUCAAACUUCCAAGUUUAUGUUCAAAUGCCAGUUUUAUGAUAUAUAAUUUUACUGAAAAUAAAAAACUUUUGCUCGUGCGAAAUAAAAAAACCAAAAAAAAAAAUACUCUCAUUAACUUCCCUUGUCAAAGUCAAACUCAUCAACUCAACUCCACUCAACGAAACUUCCGUUUCCUUAGAACUCUCGAUUGAAAUCAAAAACAAAAUUUUUUGUUUAUCACUUCACUUCACUUGACUCCACUCAACUCAAACCCGAUCCACAAUGCCACGCUGUCUAAUGGCCAAAAAAUGGAAGGCUUAUCCUUGGCCCGAUCGUGCCGAGGAUAAGACAAGCACUCACUCCUCCUCCAACUCCUCCAAUUCAGAUAGCGAAUGCAGUUUGCCAGAAGUCAGCAUACAGCUGGUGGAGAAAAAGCUGGAGCCGAAAUCAAGACGCUCCACCAUAGAUGAGGAUGAGGAAAUCGAUGUGGUGGGUGAUAAUAUGCUGGUCAUUAAUGCAGCCUCCAGUGCGGCCACAACGGCUGCCACUGCUACGGUCAUAAUAAAAUCCAGCGAUUUGAAAACCUCUGCGCCGACAUCAGGCUCAGCGUCAUCACCUUCAGCUUCAGCAUCAGCAUCAACAUCAUCGUCUUCGGCCGCCAACCAAAGCAAUGAGACAACUACGGCUACGGCCACAUGUUGGGGUCCUUCAUCGCCCACGGCUGGAGCCACAGCGCCCAGUCCUCCGCCUCAUUCGCCAGAAGCAGCUACACGUGGUACCACAAAUUUGUACAAUGGUUACAAUCUUGAGGUACCUAACGCCCUGCAUUAUACCGCGUACCUGCCUCGCUUGGAAAAUGAAGUCACCGUCAUCACCAGCACCUCCAAUAUGCAGCAGCAGCAGCAGCAGCAACAACAGUCGCAUCCUCAGCAUCAGCAUCACCCCUUCAACUAUCAAACACCUCCGCCCUCGAAUACAUCGUCACCCUCAUCGUCACCCUCCAGUCGCAGCAGCAGUUUGUCCUGCGAACGUCUGAGUCCGCCCAUUAUACGCAUCAAGACCGAGACCCUAAGUCAUGAUGAGAUCGAUUCCAGCAGCAUGGAAUCGCGUAAAUGCUAUACGAGCACGGGAGCAGCUUUGUCGCUGCCGCCCAAAAAGAAGGACAUCUAUCGGCCGUAUUCUUUGGAUGACAGACCCUCGACCGAGCGUUUGCGUUUGAGGGUGCCAGCCGAAGAGGAUUUGCAUGCGGCACAUGCCAUACUUGAUUUGAGCGCCUCCACAGCCUUCCAUCCGCCAACACAGCCUCAUCAGCUGCAGCAGGCCAAUCACCAUCAUCAUCACCAGCAUUUGAGCCACCAUCAGCCUUUGCAUCCGUUGCAUCACAUUACCCAGGCCAUACAGCUGCAGCAACAACAACAACAGCAACAGCAUCAACAUCUUGGCAACCCCUCCAUUGCCGAUUUGGCGGCAGCGGCCAUAGUUGCCAACGAGCAAAGGCCACGUUCCAACUCUUCCAUGCACAGCAUGCAUAGCAAUUCGGACAGUGAACGCCAGCCCAGUUCGCCGGCCAGUUCGGUGCAGAAUGAGAACAACAACACUACCAAUCAGUUUCCUAGCACUGGUGUGCCCUCUGCCAAAACUGUGGCCUACACAUACGAGGCCUUCUUUGUCAGCGAUGGCCGGUCGAAGCGCAAAAAUAUCACCGAUCCCGUGGUGGCCCUGCAGCAGGAGGCCCAAAAGGCCAAAUACACCUGCAGCGAGUGUGGCAAGCAGUACGCCACCUCCAGCAACUUGUCGCGCCACAAGCAGACCCACAGAUCUCUGGACUCCCAGUCGGCCAAGAAGUGCCACACCUGCGGCAAGGCCUAUGUCUCCAUGCCCGCCUUGGCCAUGCAUGUCCUCACGCACAAACUCUCACACAGUUGCGGUGUGUGCGGCAAACUGUUCUCCCGUCCUUGGCUGCUGCAGGGCCAUUUGCGCUCGCACACCGGCGAAAAGCCCUAUGGGUGUGCCCAUUGCGGCAAGGCAUUUGCGGAUCGCUCCAAUCUAAGGGCCCACAUGCAAACCCAUUCGAUUGAUAAGAAUUUCGAGUGCAAACGCUGUCACAAAUCCUUCGCUCUGAAAUCGUACCUCAACAAGCACUUGGAGUCGGCGUGCCUCAAGGAUGAGGCGGACAUGCAAUUCGAUAGUACCAGUGACAGCGGUGGCAUGACCUCUCCAACACCCACAGAGGACUACAAUCCUCCCAACUAUAGUACACAACCACAUCACCAGCAGCAACAGCAACAGGCACAAAAUGCUUUCAAAAUAAGUCACAUACCACAGCCAGUACCGGCAGCGGCUGUGGUCAAAGUAGAGGCCACUUUUGCGGGUUAAAUAGCAAACCGCAUAACCCACAAAGAAGAGGCAGAAGCUAAAUUAUUGUAAGUAGUUUUUAAACCGAAAAACAACAACAACAACAACAAAAAACAGAAACAGAAACAACAAAAACCUAAAGAAAGUUUACAAAAUUAAGUUUACGAAAAUUAAAAAAAAAAAAACGGUUACGAUUUUGUAUAACAAAACUUGAUAAACUAUUUUUUUUUUUAUUUUUACAAUAACAAAGCGACAAGAAAAUGACAAUAUUUACUUAAAAAAAACAUGAUUGCCGGAAAAAAAAUUAAAAAGGAAUAACAAGUACCACUUGCAUAGCUUAGCGUUUCGCUUUAGUUUUAACAACUCUUUUAAGUUUUAGUUAAUAUUUUAACUAUAAUUUAUAAUAAUUUUGUACACUCUGCACAUCGCAAUUCGUCCAUUUCAUUUUAAGCAAAAACAGUCAUGCAAAACACAGAGAAACCCCAAAACCAGAAAGGUUUAACGACUUUUUUGGUUGAGAGGCUAGAAAAAAAAACUAACCCAAUGAUCUCUUAGAAACUGUAAGCCAGUGUAUAUUUCUUCAUCUCUCUCUCUCUCUCUCACUCUCUAGUCACAUUACUUAGGCUAUUAGGUCACACUCACUUGUACCCAUACUCAUACUCAUACUCAUAUCCAUACUCAUAGUCAUGCAUUGUUCGUUACACUCACUCAUUUGUACUCAUUCCAGCAAUUAUCUAGGCUUAGCUCUCCCACUCAUUCACUCGCUCUCCCUGUCUCUCUGAUUCAUUUACCUCUCAUCUCGCAAAAUUGUCAUUGUUUAGUUUGUUUUCAACUCAAAGCAAUAUUCUUAAGCAAAGUGUUCUUAGCUCUCUCACAAAGGCAACCUUGAACAUUGAACUUGUGAAAAGCAAACUUGAAUCAACGAAGAACGAAGCAACGUUUCUCAAACAACGAAUUAGGCCAUAAGUCUCCAAAACCAAACAAAAUCUUAAAUAAUCUACAACGUUUAUAUAUAUGAACCAAAAAAAAAAAAAACAAA